AUGUCUAGCGCAAACAACAGCAUCAAGGUGGUGGCUCGAUUCCGUCCACAGAACAAAGUGGAACUGGCAUCGGGCGGCCAGCCCAUCGUCAGCUUCAAUGGCGAGGAGACCUGUACCCUCGACUCGAAAGAGGCGCAGGGCUCCUUCACAUUCGACCGAGUCUUCGAUAUGGAAUGCAAGCAGUCCGACAUUUUCGACUUUUCCAUCCGCUCGACUGUCGACGAUAUUCUCAACGGUUACAAUGGAACCGUCUUUGCCUACGGCCAGACGGGCGCCGGAAAGUCCUACACUAUGAUGGGCUCCAGCAUCGACGACGAAGAGGGCCGCGGUGUCAUCCCCCGCAUCAUCGAGCAGAUCUUCGCCAGCAUCAUGUCCAGCCCUAGCACCAUCGAGUACACGGUACGAGUGAGCUAUAUGGAAAUUUACAUGGAGAGGAUUCGCGACUUGUUGGCGCCUCAGAACGACAACCUCCCCGUACACGAAGAGAAGAACCGUGGCGUCUACGUCAAGGGUCUCCUCGAGGUAUAUGUCUCGAGCGUACAGGAGGUUUACGAGGUGAUGAGAAGAGGUGGAAAUGCCCGUGCCGUUGCCGCGACCAACAUGAACCAAGAAUCUUCCCGUUCGCAUUCCAUCUUCGUCGUUACCAUUACCCAGAAAAACGUCGAGACCGGAUCGGCAAAGAGUGGUCAGCUUUUCUUGGUCGACUUGGCCGGUAGCGAAAAGGUCGGAAAGACGGGCGCCAGCGGUCAGACUCUUGAGGAGGCCAAGAAGAUCAACAAGAGUUUGAGUGCUCUCGGAAUGGUCAUCAACGCCUUGACCGACGGCAGAUCCUCCCACGUUCCCUACCGAGACUCCAAGUUGACCCGAAUUCUGCAAGAAUCCCUGGGAGGUAACAGUCGCACAACUCUUAUUAUCAAUUGCUCGCCCAGCAGUUACAACGACGCCGAAACCCUCAGCACUCUACGGUUCGGCACCCGUGCCAAGGCGAUCAAGAAUAAGGCCAAGGUCAACGCCGAGCUCAGUCCAGCCGAGCUCAAGGCCCUGCUUGGCAAGGCCCGAGGCCAAAUCUCGACCUUUGAGACGUACAUCUCCAACUUGGAGGGCGAGGUCCAGCUGUGGCGUGCUGGCGAGUCUGUGCCCAGGGACAAGUGGGUGUCUUCCCUAUCUGCGGAUGGCGUCGCAGGAGCCAAGGCAGAAGCGAAGGCGCCCCGUCCUUCGACCCCAUCCCGCCUGCUGCCGGAAAGCAGAUCUGAGACGCCAGCAAUCUCGGAGCGCUCGGGAACACCGAGCUUGCCUCUGGAUAAGGAUGAGCGUGACGAGUUCCUGCGGCGCGAGAACGAGCUCCAAGAUCAGCUCGCCGAGAAGGAGAGCCAGUACAACACGACGGAAAAGGUUCUUCGUGAGACCAAGGAGGAACUAACCUAUCUCAAGGAGCACGAUGCCAAGACUGGCAAGGAAAACGAGAAGCUCCACGCCGAGGUGAACGAAGUCAAGAUGCAACUCGAGCGCCUGAACUUCGAGGGCAAGGAGGCACUGAUCACCAUGGACGCGCUCAAGGAGCAGAACGCCGAGCUGACGACAGAGCUCGACGAGGUCAAGCAGCAACUUCUUGACGUUAAGAUGAGUGCCAAGGAGACGAGCGCGGUUCUUGACGAGAAGGAAAAGAAAAAGGCGGAGAAGAUGGCUAAGAUGAUGGCCGGUUUCGAUCUCGGCGCCGAUGUGUUCAGCGACAACGAAAAGGCCAUCUCUGAGGCUAUUGCCCAACUAGAGGCUUUGCACGAAGUCAGCUCCACCGGCGAAAUCGUCAACCCCGACGACCUUGUGGCGCUCAAGUCGCGUUUCGUUGAGAUCCAAGGAAUCGUGAGACAGGCCGAGUUGUCCGUAUACAGCGCUUCCUCAAACGAGGCAGAUGCCCGACGCAGGGCUGAGCUCGAGGACCGCCUGCAGUCCCUCCAGCAGGAAUACGAGGAGCUUCUCACACGCAACCUGGGUGAGAAUGACGUUGAGGAGAUUAAGUCCCGCCUGGAGAGCGCCUACUCCAACAAGCAGACCACCUCCAUGGAGCUCGUGGAUGAGCUCAAGGCCGAGAUCGCACAGAAGGCUGCCGAGAACUCCAAGAUGAGGACCCUUAUCGAGGACCUCCAGCAAAGAGUCAAGGCUGGCACUGCCGCACCCAUGGCCAACGGCAAGUCCAUUCAGCAACAAAUUGCCGAAUUCGACAUCAUGAAGAAGAGCCUCAUGCGCGAUCUUCAGAACCGCUGUGAGCGCGUGGUUGAGCUUGAGAUCUCGCUCGACGAGACGAGGGAGCAAUAUAACAACGUGCUCCGGUCAUCCAACAACCGGGCUCAGCAGAAGAAGAUGGCCUUCCUCGAGAGGAACCUUGAACAACUGACCCAGGUUCAGCGCCAGCUCGUCGAGCAGAACUCGGCGCUCAAGAAGGAGGUGGCCAUUGCCGAGCGCAAGCUCAUUGCUCGCAACGAGCGCAUCCAGAGCCUCGAGAGCCUGCUGCAGGAUAGCCAGGAGAAGAUGGCAUCUGCAAACCACAAGUAUGGACCCCUCCUCGCCUUUGCUUUCAAUUUACCCAUCUUAUUUGAAGUCCAGCUCGCCGCUGUCAAGGAGAGGCUGGAAGCUGCCAAGGCUGGCAGCACCCGUGGCCUGAACUCCCCCUCGCUUGGUGGAUUCAGCUUCACCAACGCCGGCAGCCGCAUUGCCAAGCCCCUUCGUGGCGGUGGUGUUGACAACCAGGGACCCUCUAUCCCCGUUAUCAACAGCAUCCAGCAGAAUGAGGGUGGUGCUGGCAAGCGCAGCAGUUGGUUCUUCUCCCAGAAGUCUUAG